AUGAGUAUAUAUGCACCAGUCAAUUGCAACUACGACCCCCUCAUGUCCAAGGACCCAUUCCACUGCAUCAUUCACGACAUUGAAAAAACAAAGGGAACGGACGAUCUAGCUAGAAUUGCUGAAACAUCGAAAACGUGGCGUUACAGAACUCCAGUUUCAAUGGAACAUCUUCAACAAGAGCUAGAACAAAAAAUAAUUGAAGACAACUCGUCUCUUAAGAUCCUGAACAUUUUUCUUAAAGAGGACCAUGUUCUGCAAGCUGUUCGGUUUGUACCAAACAUUAUGAAACUACAUCGAAUACUACUACAAAGAUAUCAUAUGCGACUCGACAGAUCGGCAGCGAACCGACGUACAACACAAAGCAUGAAAUCAGACAAAGUAGCUGGGCCAGAUACCGAACAACUUCUAAAAGAUUUCGCUGAUGCAUGGGAGAUUUCAAGGCAUUACCUGCAAAAGCACGUGUGUAACACAGAAGACCAAGGACAAGUUGUGGCUCAAAGGGCUUUAUGUGCUAAGCCAAUUACAGAUGACACUCCCUUGUCAUUUUUCCUCCCGGCAACAAAAGGCCAUGGGCUUUGCUCCUAUGCGCUUCUCGAUUUUUUGUUACGGAGGCAAAAUGCUUUCCUCGAUGAUUGUGGAUUUGGGAAAAGGUAUCGAAAGUUGUUUACUUGA